AUGGGGGUUUACACACCGCAACAUCCCAUCGCGGUAUUUGCUGCCGCCGCCAUUCUCCUCUGGUCGAUCCUCACUUAUGUCAACCGGCGUUGGAAGCAACAUCGCAUUGCCAAAGCGAAUCAAUGCCAACCACCCCCAAAUCUUCCUGAGAAAGACCCCUUUUUCGGCCUCGAUGGGGUUUACCAGCGUAUGGUCGAAGCCAAGGAACACACUUUUCUCGAGAGAAGUGUCGACCGCUUUGAGGCCUACGGCAACACGUUCAAAGCCCGUCGGCUGGCAACAACUAUGUUCGCGACUCGGGAGCCAGAGAACGUGAAAACGAUCCUCUCUCUUCGUUUCAAGGAUUAUGGUCUGGGAGACCGGAUCCAUUCCUUUGGACCACUCCUCGGCCAUGGUAUCUUCACAGCUGACGGCGAGCAUUGGGUCCAGUCACGAGCUAUGGUCCGCCCGAACUUUGUCAGGGAGCAGGUCGCACAUCUUGACAUCUUCGAGGAGCUUAUGGAUGACUUGCUGGCUCUUAUUCCAGCUGAUGGGACGACCGUUGAUCUCCAAGAUCUGUUCUUCGGGUUCACAAUCGACUCGGCCACCGACUUUCUUUUUGGACACAGCGUGCAUAGUCUGAAGAAACGGCGGGCUAGGCACCCUCAGAGCAUAGAGGAAGAAAGGGAUUUUGCGGAGGCGUUCAACUAUUCCCAGGGUGCUAUCGCUACACGAGCGCGCUUGGGCAAGCUAAGCUACUUUUAUCGUGACCGAAAAGCCGACCAAUGCGACCGUAUUUGUCAUGACCUAGUGGAGCAAUUCGUCGACAAGGCGGUGCGAGUGCGUGAGCGGUUUAGCAAAGAGAAAGAAACCCAGGAAACGCACCGAUAUUUGUUCCUGGAUGGCUUGGCGCAGCAGACUGGUGACCGGACGCGAAUACGCGACGAAAUCAUGAACAUCCUUCUUGCGGGUCGCGACACCACCGCAUCCUUGCUGAGCAAUCUAUUCUUCAUGCUCGCAAAACAUCCUCGUGUCUGGAAUAAACUCCACGAGGAAGUUUCAACACUGGAAGGACGUACGCCCACAUAUGAGCAACUGCGGAAUCUAACAUACCUCAAGUACUGCCUCAAUGAAUCGCUCCGCCUUCAUCCCGUUGUCCCUGCCAACGCUCGUUUUGCCCAAACCGACACCAUCCUUCCUGUCGGCGGUGGUCCGGAUGGCAAGUCACCCGUUUUCGUGCCCAAAGGGUCUGUUGUGUCAUACUCAGUUUAUGCAAUGCACCGGCGCAAAGACUUCUUCGGUCCGGAUGUGCAAGAAUUUCGACCCGAGCGGUGGGCUGAUCUGCGUCCGGGCUGGGAAUAUCUUCCAUUUAACGGGGGGCCACGCAUCUGCGUUGGUCAGCAGUACGCACUGACAGAGGCAGGCUAUGUGACGACGCGGUUGGCACAGAAGUUUUCUCUGUUGGAGAGCCGAGAUCCUGGCCCUUGGGAAGAGAAUCUGACACUGACAUGCUGCUCCAGAAACGGAACGAAGGUAGGACUGAGGUAG